AUGGUAUACGGAAUAAUAAUUCAUUCUGCAGAAUGUCAUGAAAAAUUGUACUUUAGUUCUUACUAUAGCAUAGAGAGCAAUGACAAAAACCAAUACGUUAGACAACAAACCAUUAUGAAGAGAGUUAUUGAGGAAAUAAAAUAUUAUGAAGAAAGCAAAGAAAUUUUUGAAAAUACCACUAAAAAUAACAAAGAAAAGUAUUUUGAUUUAAUCGGAAAGUUCCUUUCAAAGAACGCAAAUAAUACUAUAAAAAUAGAAAGCGAGGGCUUCUUCAGAAUUGUUGAUCCUUCUUUGUUCAAAAAUAAAAUCAAUAUUAUGUGGAAGGUUUUAAACAAGAUAUGCUAUACUUUGGUGCUUUUUACUCAUGAAAAUAUACACCUGGCGGAUUAUUUCCUUCAUACGUUCAUUAUUACCUUAAGGGAACGCAACGAUAAAAUAAAAAAAAAUAUGAGAAAUAAUACGAAUUUAUUUAAUCCGGACACAGUGCUAGCUAUACUGUACUUCUUCCUUCCAAAAGGACAGCUGAUGCUAAUUAAUCAGAAUUACACAAAAUUUUUGAACAAUGAAGUCAACAAGUUUCUAGAAGAGCAGGCGAAAGUGAAAACCAAAGACUACAAAAUUGAAUAA